AUGAGCAGUGGCAUGCUAGUGGGAGCAGAAUCACAUAUUCGAGCUGUAUGUUCACUGUUGAUAAUGGAAUGGGAAGAUGUACGAUUUAUUAGGAUUUCAGGGAUGGAUGGCAUUGGGAAGACCACCAUUGCAAGAGCCAUUUUUGACAGGUUUUCUCAUCAAUUUGAAAGUGCUUGUUUUGUUGCAAACAUUAAAGAAAAUCAAGUUAAACAGGGCUUGUUGUCUUUGCAAAAGAAUCUGGUUUCUGAGGUGUUGACAGUUGAAUCUGUGAAUAUUGCUAAUGAAUAUAAUGGAAUUGAUAUGAUAAGAAAAAGGCUUGGUUCUAAGAAGGUUAUAGUAGUUCUUGAUGAUGUGGAUCACCAAGCCCAGUUGGAUGGUUUAGCUGGAGACCUUGAUUGGUUUGGUAAAGGUAGUAGAGUUAUCAUAACAGCAAGGGAUAACCACUUGCUUUGGAACUGUUGUGAAAUUUAUAAGGUUGGUUUACUAGCUUUAGCUGAAGCGACUCGACUAUUUAGAUGGCAUGCUUUUAGAAAGACAUCUCCUAACAACGAUUUUCAGCAGCUCUCUCAACGGGUGGUAUAG